AUAGGAUCGCUCAAUAAAUCAGGAGACUUUGUUUGGUAGAUGCGCAAGCAAUCCCGAUCCAAAUCCCGAGGCUUUGGUUGGAGCGACGACGCAUGAACAAGUGAUGAGCACGGCCACCCACAAGACAUCACAUCGCACGCACCGCCUGGGCAGCGGAGCGCGGACGUUGACAACGCCUCGUCGCCGUCGGCGUCAAUAAAAGCGAGGAGCCCCGCGGUAGAAACCGCCAGCCAUUCCCGUCCUUUCCCCCAGCUCCCCACCUUAAUUCCACCCCACGCGGCGGGGCGCGCCCAAAACCCUAGCCCCCAACACUCUCCGUCGCCGUCGGCUCCGAUUCCUCGUCGCCGCGCGGUGCCCGGCCUCCCCGCGACAGCUUGCCCCGGGGUAGGUAGGAGCGGUACGGCCUCGCGGAUGCGCGCGUCCUGCUCGUGGACCUCUACGACGUCCUGCUCGAGUGCUGCGGCUUCUCCAUGGACGGGUCCGAAGGCGUAGGGGGGAGGGAGGAGGAGGCGGGGGACGGGUUCCAGCUGGUGGUGCAUGGUAAGAAGAAGAAGAGGGCCAGCGGCCAGGAGGGUGGGAGUACUGGCUCUGAUGCCAUUCUCGGUUCCGGGUCGGUGAGGGCGUUGACCAAGGACAAGGCGGCCGCGCCGGGGACGAAGGCGAAGGUGCCCUUCCACGAUCCCAGCAUUCCCCGGCCGCAGGAUGUGUACAAAAUCAUAGUGGACAACUACAAUCCAUUCGAGCAUGUCUGGCUAGAGCGCAGCGAAGACGGCACCCGACCUGUUCACCCGCUGGAAAAACUGCCUGUCGAACAGUUCAUUGAUAGAAAUGUUCCUGAGAGUGAACCAGUAAAGCCAGCUGAUUUGGAUGAUACACCGUUUACGCUAGUUGAAGAUAAAGAAGGCUUAAAGGAAUUAGCUAUAAAGUUGAAGAGUGUAACUGAAUUUGCUGUCGAUUUGGAGCACAAUCAAUAUAGGUCAUUUCAGGGUUUGACCUGCUUGAUGCAGAUUUCAACAAGAACAGAGGACUUUAUAGUGGACACUCUGAAGCUUCGUAUAUAUAUUGGCCUCUACUUGAAAGAAUAUUUUAAAGAUCCAACCAAGAGAAAGGUAAUGCAUGGGGCAGAUCGAGAUAUAAUGUGGCUCCAACGGGAUUUCAACAUUUAUGUGUGCAAUCUUUUUGACACAGGACAGGCUUCGAGGGUCUUACAGAUGGAGAGAAACAGCCUAGAGCACCUAUUGCAUCACUUUUGCGGAGUGACAGCAAAGAAGGAAUAUCAAACUGCAGAUUGGAGGCCGAGACCACUUCCUGAUGAAAUGAUCAAGUAUGCUAGAGAAGAUACACACUAUCUGCUCUACAUAUAUGACCUGAUGAGACAGAGACUACAGAGGGAAUCAACAUUUGAAAAUGAUCUGCUUCUAGAGGUUCAAAAGCGCAGUAAUGAAAUUUGCUUACAGUUUUAUGAAAAGGAGCUGCUGACAGAUACAUCCUAUCUCCAUAUAUACAGGUUGCAGGAACAUGAACUGAAUGCAAAACAGCUGGCUGUUGUUGCUGCUCUACAUAAGUGGAGAGAUCAUAUAGCUCGUCAAGAAGAUGAGAGCACUGGUUAUGUAUUGCCAAAUAAGGCUUUAAUUGAGAUAGCAAAGCAGAUGCCUACAGACACUGGACAUUUAAAAAGAAUAGUGAAAUCAAAAUAUCCAUUUGUUGAGAGCAGUCUUGACCUAAUCAUGUACAUCGUCUGGAAUGCACCUGAAUAUUCUUAUGCCUAUGAAGCAAUAGCUGAGCAACUAAAGAAGGAACGGCUGGAACAGUUGGCGUUGGAAAGUGUUCAGGCUAGUGAUGCAAUGACUGCUUUGGAUGCUGAGGAUAAGAGUAAUUUUGAUCCAGCCGAUCAGUCUUCUGUAGCUCCUUUAUCAACUGCAAAUGUCAAUGUUGCUUCUGGCAGUAGGGCUAGUUUUAUGAGUGAAGCAUCUUUGAUUGGUAGCCUGCACCUGGAUGACAAGACUCGGGCCAUAUCAUCAUCUGAAACUCGGACCUCCCAGACCUUAUCAGGCCUCAUCAGACCAAUGAAUAAGGAAGUCCUGAGUAAUAAUAGAUACCAGCAGGCUUUUCAAGAACUGAAGAGGCCCACUUUAGGAGCUUUAAUGGGAAAUUCAGCAUCUGGAAGACGGUCAGAGAUUUUUGGAGGGUUUUCAAACGAGCAGGGUGGGAGCAAUGUGGAGAAGUUACUUCCUUUCCAGCAGCUCUCUGGUGGGGUGAAACGUUCAGCUACUAUCGUGCCCACAGAAUCAUCAUAUCCAAAUCAAGGGAUGCACAGUGAUAAUUUUUGGAUUCAAUCAACUCAGAUGAACGAAGUGAUGCAGCUAGGCAACACAACUUACUACCCACAGCUUCCAGGAUAUAACACCGAAGUUGUCGGGAGUCAUUAUAAACCUGAAGGCACGCAGAUGCCCAGCUACCUGUCUGGUUUUGAUCCCGGCUUUCAAUCAAUAAACCAGAGAAGUACAGGAACGGGACAGCCUCCUGGUAGAAAUAAGGAAGGAAGUUUCCAGAGCCCAAUGAGACGACAAUCUUUCCCACCUUCCGGUAACAGAUAUGAUAGUACAUACCAGUAGCUGCUCUGAUGUAUAACAGAAGUGAAGGAAACAAUCAUCGCCUCCGAUUGAUCAUUUUGUGCAGAAAUUGCCUGUAGAGAACAAAAACUGGGCUGUUUUACUUUUGCCCUCUGAAUGCCUCCCUGGAUUUUCGGCAUUCGACUAACAGAAAUGUGAGAAUACCCAACAUUGACAGUAGAUGCACGGUAUGGAAAGUGCCAUUUCAUUGGCUCGUGUAACUAGACUAACAAACUUGUGUUGUGCAAUGGUGAAUACUGGAAUUGCACAAAGUGGUAUACUGUAAUACUGGUAUAGCAUAUCACCUGAAUACAAAGACUGAACAGCAUUGAUCCCUCACUUUUUUCCAUA